AAAAUAAACACAAUGAGUGAGAAGAACUUGCUGCAUGAGCCCCUGAAGACCCCCAGCUUUAAAGAACAAAUCAACAAGAGGUGGUCCAGAGUUUGACUCCUGGACAUCUCGACAGCUUUGCUUUAACUGCAGAUCCCUGCUAUACAUCAGAGUCAAAAUGUCAGACAACGAAGACGUUGAAGAGUACGAGGAGCAGGAAGAGGUGCAAGAGGAGGAGCAGGAGGAGGAGCAAGAGGAGGUGCAGCAUGAUGAAGAGGCUCCAACAGAGGAUGUAGAGGCGGAAGAAGAGAGCACACAGGAACAGGAGGGUGAAGAGGAGACUGAAGAUGGAGGAGAGACUAAGCCAAAAUUCCUAAAACCUUUUAUGAUGCCAAACUUGGUGCCCCCAAAGAUUCCAGAUGGAGAAAAGGUUGAUUUUGAUGACAUCCACCGUAAACGAAUGGAGAAAGACCUGAAUGAACUCCAGACACUUAUAGAAGUUCACUUUGAAAGCCGAAAGAAGGAAGAAGAGGAACUUAUCGGCCUUAAAGACAGGAUUGAGAAAAGACGUUCUGAGCGAGCAGAGCAGCAGAGGAUCCGCAGCGAGCGUGAGAAGGAACGUCAGAAGCGUGUGGAGGAGGAACGAGCUCGUAAAGAGGAUGAAGAAGCCAAAAAGAGAGCGGAUGAUGAUGCUAAGAAAAAGAAAACGCUCACCAGUUUGCACUUCGGUGGCUAUAUGCAGAAGAUAGAACGUAGGUGUGGAAAGAAACAGACUGAGAGAGAGAAGAAAAAGAAGAUUCUUAGUGAACGCCGCAAAUCUCUGGACGUUGACAAUGCCAAUGACUCUGCUUUCAGGGAAAAAGCUGCAGAGCUGUGGACUUGGAUACGAGAACUAGAAGCAGAGAAGUUUGAGUUACAGUAUCGGUUUAGCAAACAGAAAUAUGAGAUCAACAUCCUGAGGAACAGAGUCAGUGACCACCAGAAAACGUCAAAGAGAACCAAGAGAGGCCUCAGGAAGUGAAUAUGAAAGCUCUUCGCUAACCCACACUGAGCUCAAGAAGAGAAACAUCCAGAAAAGCUGCACACACUUCAUACAAAGAGUAAUUCAUUUUAAACGGAUCAUUCUCACCUAUUAGAAAUGUCUGUGAAAAACACAACACAAUAAAUUAUAAAAAUGAACAGUA